CAAAUUAUCAUCAUUAAAAAAAUUGUUGAGUAGAAAAUUCUUGAAACAAUUUGUUGUAUCCAACUUGUUACUUUUUAGCACAUAAUAAUUUACACAUGCAAAUGUAAAUACACCCCUUCUUAUUGUUGUAUUGUGUUGUUGAACAUAAUAAUCAACCAAACCAAGAAAUGGAAAUGCCAGCUACUUUCAAUGUUGAUCCUAUUCCUCUUCUUACUCCUUACAAGAUGGGAAAAUUCAAUCUAUCCCACAGAGUUGUUUUGGCACCAUUGACUAGACAAAGAUUCUACGACAAUGUUCUUCCUCAUGUUGCUCUAUAUUACUCUCAAAGGACUUCUCAUGGAGGUCUUCUCAUAGCUGAAUCAGCUGGUGUCUCUGAAACCUCUUUAGGGUAUCCAAACACAGCGGGAAUUUGGAGAAAAGAUCAAAUCGAAACUUGGAAACCCAUUGUGGAUGCUGUUCAUGCCAAACACGGUAUAUUCUUUUCUCAGAUUUGGCAUGCUGGAAGGGUUUCAAAUUCAGGUUAUCAACCAUUUGGACAGGCACCAAUUUCUUCUACUAACAGGCGACUCACGCCACAAAUUCGAAGCAACGGCAUUGAUAUAGCGCAAUUCGCAUCUCCCAGACGCCUAAGGACCGAUGAAAUUCCUCUUAUUAUCAAUGAUUUCAGACUUGCUGCAAGGAAUGCCAUUCUUGCUGGAUUUGAUGGGGUUGAGAUACAUGGGGCUCAUGGCUACCUAAUUGAGCAAUUUAUUAAAGAUAAAGUGAAUGAUCGAACUGAUAAAUACGGUGGAAACCUUGAGAAUCGUUGUCGAUUUGCUUUGGAAAUUGUUGAAGCUGUUGUGAAUGAGAUAGGAGCAGAAAGAGUUGGAAUUAGACUAUCACCUUUUGCAGAAUAUGGAGAAUGUGGAGACUCAAAUCCUGAAGAAUUGGGGCUUUAUAUGGUUAAUGCUUUAAAUAAAUAUGGUAUUUUGUACUGUCACGUGGUGGAACCAAGAAUGAAAACUAUUAGUGAAAAAGUUGAAAGCUUUCAAUGUUUGAUGCCAAUGAGAAAGGCCUUCAAGGGUACUUUUAUAGUUGCAGGAGGUUAUGACAGAAAAGAUGGGAUCAAUGCCAUAGCUGAAAACAGGGCUGAUCUUGUUGCUUAUGGUCGUUUGUUCAUAGCUAAUCCAGAUUUACCUAAGCGAUUCGCGCUCGAUGCUCCUCUCAAUAAGUAUAAUCGGGAGACAUUUUACACUUCUGAUCCGGUUAUUGGUUAUACAGACUACGCAUUUCUUGAAUGAUGAAAACAAUGUUGUAUCCUUCAAGGACCCUCGUGAUUCGGAGACUUUGCGACCAUCGGACUUGCAUAAUGGGAUGGAAGUUCGCCUUGGUCUAUCGAAGGGCCAGUCUGCCAAAGGUUUAUAUAAGGAAAUGGCUCAAGGAACCAGCAUGUUUUUUUUGUUCAAACUUCUUGUUGUAUUUUCCUACAUUAAUCGCUAUACAGAUUUUUAGUUCCAGAUUUCUGAUUCACUAAAAUCUUGUCCAAACCAAGUUGGCAUUUGUCUAAAUCCACACUGAUCAUUUUAUUUGCUUUUGCAAAAAAAAAAAAAAACGUAAUAUUCGUACAA